UCAAACCCGGGCUGCAGCGUUCUUUCCAGCAACAACUUUACAGACCAGCAUGGAUUUCAGCAAGACCCUGAAACACAAGAAGAAACACAUUAUUAUCGGCACCUUAGCUGUAUCUGUUGUGACUAUCAUACUAGGACUCGGUCUAGGGCUUGGACUUCAGCUGCAAAAAUGCAAAAACAAGUUGCCGGAUACAUGUCGGAGCCGCUGUUAUGAGCCAUAUGAUUAUGAGUCUCUGGGCUGUCGAUGUGAUGAGCAAUGUGUGAAAAGUAACACCUGCUGUUAUGAUUUUGCGGAGAUCUGCCUCCAGCCCGUUGAGAGCUGGGAGUGCACUCCGAUGCGUUGUGGGGAAAAACGUGUCUCUGGUAGUAAGUGUCAUUGCUCUGCAGACUGUGUGAGCUCUGGAGACUGCUGUACGAACUAUGGCAUUGUUUGCAAUGGAAUGACACCAUGGGUGCAGGAUCAGUGUGUGGACAUCACCAGCCCCAAGUGUCCCGCCAAUUUCAAGAAGCAGCCGCUGCUACUCGUUUCUCUCGAUGGACUAAGAGCGGAGUAUCAAGAAACAUGGCACUCCUUGAUUCCAGUCUUGGACAAGCUACAAAGAUGUGGGACAUCCUCUGCAUUCAUGCAGCCUGUAUUUCCAAGUAAAACCUUCCCCAACCACUAUUCCAUUGUUACGGGCCUGUACUCAGAAUCACAUGGUUUAGUGGAUAACAACAUGUAUGACCCUGAAUUUAAUGCCUCAUUUAGUCUGUCUAAUACAGAGAAGGACAAGCCUCGAUGGUACCUGGGAGAACCGAUCUGGCUCACGGUGAUGGAUCAGGGUCUACGAGCUGGAACCUACUUCUGGCCAGGAUCAGAUGUGAAAAUAAAUGGAACGUUCCCAAAUAUCUAUGAGAAAUACAAUGGAUCAGUCCCCUUUGAACAGCGAGUAUUCAGCGUACUGAAGUGGUUGCAGUUGCCGGAUGACGAGCGUCCUGAUUUUUUCACUUUGUAUUUGGAGGAGCCGGAUAAAUCAGGACACAAGUUCGGACCUGUCAGUGGAGGGCUGGUUAGUGCAAUCCAAGGAGUGGACAAAGUGAUUGGACAAUUGAUGAAUGGACUCAAACAGCUCAAACUUCAUGAAUGCAUUAACAUUAUCAUUGUAGCAGAUCACGGAAUGGCUGAAACUAGCUGUGACCGAAAGGAGGUUCUAAAGAAUUACAUAGGUGAUGUGUCACAUCUUUAUGUGUACGAGGGACCCUUCGGCCGAAUCAGAGCAGUGAACAAAUCAGUCAGCUUUGAUCCUGCAGGCUUAGUGACCAGUUUGAUGUGCAAGAAGCCUGAACAGAAGAUAAAGCCCUACCUCAAACCUGACCUGCCCAAACGUUUCCACUAUGCACACAGCAGACGCAUCGAGGAUGUCAACAUCCUCGUCGACUCCCUAUGGCUGUUCGAGAGAUAUGCAGGUUCUCUCACAUUUUGCUCUGGUGGAAAUCAUGGAUAUGACAACGACGACCCUAACAUGCAGGCGAUGUUUCUCAGUUAUGGCCCCAAGUUUCACUUUCAGACUAAAGUUGAGCCCUUCUCCAACAUCGAGCUCUACAAUCUUAUGUGUGAUGUAUUAGAAAUCACCCCAGCACCUAAUAAUGGGAGUCAUGGAAGCCUGAACCAUCUGCUGCGUUUGCCACCUUAUACACCUCAGCCCCCUGUGGAGCAGAGUCCACCAGGCCAAUGUCCUUUAACCAGCCUAGAUCCUACUGACCCACUUGGCUGCUCCUGCCCUGCCCUGGGGGGCAUCAACCCCAACUCUCGCCUCAACUUGUCCGAAACGGAAGUGUCUCAGAGCAAAAGCAAGCAUCUGCUGUUCGGCCAGCCGCUAGUCCUGCAGUCCAACUCGGAUUACUGUCUCCUGUACAAUCACGGAUUCAUCAGUGCCUACAGCAAAGAGAAGCUCAUGCCUCUGUGGAGCUCGUUCACUGUGGAGAGACGGGCCAUAGGAGGAGCUGGAAUUUUGCCUGAAGUGAUACCAGACUGUCUGAGAGCUGAUGUGAGAAUCCAAGCCAAUCAGAGUCCUACAUGUGACCAGUACAACAGCAGCACUAAUGUUACAUACGCAUUCCUUUAUCCACCAAAUCUUAACAGCACUUUAGAAGAGCAGUACGACGGAUUGACUUUGAGUAACGUGGUUCCCGUGUAUCCGGCAUUUCAGAGAGUGUGGCAGUAUUUCCAUGACGUCUUGCUGCUGAAGUAUUCCUCUCAGUAUAACGGCAUAAACGUUGUGACAGGACCUGUGUUUGAUUAUAACUUCGAUGGACGUUUUGACUCUAUGGACCAGAUCAAGCAGUUUGUUACAGGCACUCGUAUCCCCUUACCCACACAUUACUUUGCCAUCUUGACGAGCUGCUCGGACUCAAAUCAGACAGUGAGCGAGUGUAAAGGACAAUUACAUACAGUGUCGUUUCUAAUCCCACACCGACCCAACAACUCUGAGAGCUGCAUGAGCAACCAGGAGGAGUCACAUUGGGUUGAGGACUUGCUUUGGUUCCACCAGGUACGUGUCAGAGACGUCGAAUGGAUCACGGGAUUGGAUUUCUUGGGGAAAAGCGGCCGUCCGAUCCCUGAAGUUUUGCAGAUAAAGACUCGCCCAACAGCAACCGUGCACAGGAAGCAAUGAUUUACUGUAUUUACUGUAUUUAAAUAGACCUGAAACAGUUCAUUAAAGAAUCUAUCAAUAUUUUCAGUACCUCACCUGUGCACUGAUCUCAUUUGAUUUCAUGGUUGUGCUUUGCUACAGAAAUGUCUUGUAUUUCAUCGAGCCAUUUAGAUGUUGUGAUAUUUAAAAUUCAUAUAAGGAAACACACUUCUGAAUUUAGUUAAAUAAAAAAAAAUAAAAAAAAUCUUUUAGAAUCAA